GAAUCCAGCAUUAAGUUACACAAGCUAGACUUGUUCAACCUCAUAACCUAACACAUGUACUUAACCAUAUCUAAUAAGCAUGAAGAAAAGUAAAUGAUGGAGGACCACAUAAAAAUUGAGUACAUUUGUGAUUUACUCAAAAUUUGCCUACACACGAGGGUUUUGAAACCUUUCUUUAAAGCAAAUAUCUGAUGGUCAUAAGCGAGACUCUCCAUGAAAGAGACAGAGAUCCAUCAGGUGGAGAAAUAGGGAUUAAUAACAUUGAGCUUUUUUUUUCAAGUUUUUUUUUUUUUGGGUUGUAGGGUCAACUUCAGGUGGUUAACCUGAAACCCAGGUUAAACCUCUCAAAGUUUAAAAAACAAAGAAAAAAUAAAGGAUUUAUGGGGAUUGAGAAUUGGGGGUUGGGGAAGUGGUGAGCUAGCUAGGUUGUUUACUGGUGCUUGACAGGAAGGGCUGUUAUGUCCAAGCACUCAUUUUAUGCCUCUUGAAAAGAAAAGUGUCUACGGUAUGUACAAGUUCAAGCUAGCAACACUUGAAUAUUGGAGUCUUUCUUGUCAAUUUGAGAGAGACAGCAUAACAAGGAAGAACCUUCAACGGUAGAAGAGUGUUCCUCUCUUUCACACGUGUGAACGUGAUCAUCUCAACGAAGGGGAAAAAAAUGAAUAACGAUUUUAAAACAAACUAAUUAAGGAAACUGAAUAUAAAUAAAUUAUAAGGGUCAGGGGUUAUCAGGGAGAGGCCUCAGGAUUUACUCAGUCAGCCUGGUUAACUAGUUUUGAAGAUUUCUCUCCCUUCUCUAUCUGUUCUAUAGAGAGAGAGAGAGAGAGAGGGAGAGAGAGUAUAGGUGUUUAAGCCUUGUGUGUAGGUCUCUGUUAAAGCUAGUAGCAUUCUUGCAGAUGUGUACUGCUGUUUUAAGUUUCUCCUUCCCCUAUUCAAGCUUUUGCUUGUAAUAUUUUAAGUUUCCAGAGUAUGACUUUGUAACAGUUGUAUAACAGCAUCCGUCAGAGAGGAAAUGAAGGCAUGGAUACCAAGUGUGUUAUAUAUUCACCAUCAGAAAACAACCCAAAUUGUUACUCCUCUCCCUCUUCCUCUUCUUCUGCCGGGAUGGUUCUUGCUGACAUUGGUUCUCUCUCUCUUAGUCCUGGCUAUGGAGUGAUACCGCCUGCUUCUUCUUCUUCUUCUUCUCAUGAGAUGGAAAUCGGGAGAGCUUCUUGGGGUUUUCCUUUCAUGGGGAACCAUCAGGGCAGUGAUGCUGUUUUGGAGGGUAAAGUUUCUGAUUGUAGUGAUGCUUUCGGAGAGAAUGACACUGUAAAUCACAAUGCCAACUCAACUGAAGAGAACCCUAAUACUGAAAAUAUCAAUAGUGGGAAGGAAACAGAUAGUGGGCAGUCAAAGCUCUGUGCAAGGGGCCAUUGGAGACCUGCAGAAGAUACAAAGCUUAAGGAACUUGUAGCCCAUUAUGGCCCUCAAAACUGGAACCUUAUAGCUGAGAAGUUAGAGGGCAGAUCAGGUAAGAGCUGCAGAUUGAGGUGGUUUAACCAGUUGGAUCCAAGGAUAAAUAGAAGAGCUUUCACAGAAGAAGAAGAGGAAAGGUUAAUGCAAGCUCAUAGACUUUAUGGCAACAAAUGGGCCAUGAUAGCCAGGCUUUUCCCUGGAAGGACUGAUAAUGCAGUGAAGAAUCAUUGGCAUGUUAUAAUGGCUAGAAAAUAUAGAGAACAAUCGAGUGCCUAUAGGAGGAGGAAGCUAACUCAAUCAGUCCACAGAAGAGCGGAUGAAACUUCAAGCUUUCUCUGUAGAGAUCCAGGCACAAGACCAGAACCACCACCGCCAUACUCGCACAAUAUCCCCAGCGCUGUUGGACUAACCAAUCUAUGUCCCUACCCAAUUGGAACCUUCUUCAAUGGUGGGGUUGAUUACGGCUUAAAUGGAUCACCUCACAUGACCACUGUGGGAGAAGCAGUCUCAAGUAUCCAGGUCCAGCUCCCUCUAACUGAGUUUUGUGCACAGCAGACACCUUAUGAUUUCUUCCCUGGUCCCAAGAGCAAUGACAUGAUGCGCAUGUUCAGCCACAGCAGAUCUUGGGAUAGGCCAGGUGAUGAACCCCACAAUUCUGGUUUCAAUCCCCAACGAUACCCCGACCCAUACAUAAUGGCAAUGCAACAGUCAAACUACCAAAGCCCUUAUUAUUUCUCAGAUUCCACAGCAUCGACACUACCUCAAGUUUCAGCAACUGAACCUUCACUACCUUCAUCAUCAUCAGUGGCAGAGAACACAAGAACCGUCCAUUUCGAGACCAUUCCACCACCAUUCAUUGACUUUCUUGGAGUUGGAGCCACAUGAAAAGUUUCCAGCGAAAGAAAAGCUGAAAAGGGUUUAUUUUUCUUUUCACAGAAGAUCAUCAGAGAGGGCCUUAAUGUGGAUGUGCUCCAAAGUUGACUGAGAGGCCAUUAGAGGUAAAAAUAUAAGAAUGAAAAGAUUUUUAUAGCAUCAUCAAUCUGUAGUAACCCUACCUUUCUCACGUGAGACCCUUGGGCAAACAAAUAACUUAAUUUGAUUAUUGUCACAUUUUCC